UAUAUAUAUAUAUAUAUAUAUAUAUGUAUGUAUGUAUGUAUGUAUAUAUAAAAAGAGAGAGAGAGAGAAAGAGAGAGAGAUAGAGAAAGAAAGUAAUAUGGCCGUAGUCGAACGAUCGAUAAAACUAACUACAAGAAGAGUUGGUCGUCUCAACGACGAUCCAAAAAAAUCACGCUUACUCUCUUUCCCCAACACGCUUUCAGGAAUCACCUGGAUAUUCGAUAACACUUUAUAGAUACACGGAUCUAUUGAUUGUGAUAAAAACGAAAUUUCUUCAAGAAUUGAAGAUCUUCGGGUCCAGGUGUAUUCCUGAACGUCGAUGGCGGCGACGAAGAUGUCGGGUGCCGUGCAAAAUGGCCGUAGUACGAUCGAUGCUCCGUCACUUCAAAGACGUCGAGACUAGUCUACGGACUUCAAUCCAAAUGGAUCUUCUUUUACUUAACGAACUAAACUUCCUACAAACUUUGGAUUUAUUCUUUUUCUUCUUCUUCUUCUUCUUCUUCUUCCUCUUCUUUUAAUUUCUUCUUCUUAACGAAUCCUCGAAACAAUUUAAUGAAUUUGAUAACUCUUGAUAAACGUACGGACCCUUAUUAGGUUGUCCACUUGGCACGAUGUUCGACGUAUCACACGAGACUGUUUCUCUCUUUCUCUUUCACUCCUUAUAACUGAACUCCCCGUCCGCCUAUCUUCAACUUCCUGGCCGCUGUCGCACGAACGUUUUGUUUAUCGGCGAACGUCGCGAGAGCUCCGUCGUGCCGCGGCGAUUCGUCGCGCUCGGCAACGCGCGCACGAAAAUGAACGAGACGGGGGCGGAUUGAGAGAUACGUUGCGCUGCUGGCUUGCUAAAGAGAGACAGACAGAGAGAGAGAGAGAGUGUAUGUGUAUGAGAGAAGGAGGGAGUGAGAGUGAGAGAGAAAGAGAGGGAGAAAGAAAGAUAAAGGGUGGGAGAGAGAGAAAGAGAGAGAAAUCGAAAGAAAGAGCGAAAGAUAAAGACAGAUAUGUAUAUAUAUAUAUAGUGAGAGAGAAAGAGAGAGAAAGAGAGAAAGAAAGAGAGAGAGAGAGAGAAUUUGCGAAAGGGAUGGUGCUUACUUGGGUUAGGGUGGGGGAGGUUGCUUCCAACGAGCACGCGCGUGGUUAAGAUAAAAAGAGAUAGAGUAUUCGCGCGCUUGCGUUUUCCAAAGAGAGAGAGAGAGAGAGAGGGAGAGAGAGAGAGAGAGAGUAUGAUAGAUAGAUAGAGAGAGAGAGAGAGAGAAGUAAAAUCGUCGAGACGAUACGAUGCUCUUCAAAGUUCUCGGCCGAUUGUCGGCGUCCUCGUCGACGUGUUCGUCACAGUCGGUCGUCGUCGUCGUCGUCGUCGUCGUCGUCGUUGUCGUUGUCGUUGUUGUCGUAGUUGUCGUUGUUGUCGUCGUCGUCCUCGUCCAGUUCGUCGUGACUUCGUAGACGAUUCAACGACCAACCAAGACGUAGCACGCCCCAUUCCUCUUUGGCAAUGCGCGCGCAUUGGUUCGAUAAACGUGAAAGGCGAAUGUCGAUCGUCGGGGGUGAUAAAAAGAGAGACGAGAAGAGGGUGGGAAAGAGACGAAAGAGAGAGAGAGAGAGAGAGAGAGAGAGAGAGAGAGAUAGAGAAAGGGAUGGAUCUUGUUGAGGAAGAGACUACUGCGUUAGAGACGAAGGGAGGAACGUUGGAAAGAGCACGUCGACGUUUGGAUGGGGAAAAAAAAAAAAUCAAUUGGGAGAAAAUUUUCUUUGCCCGAGAGAAAAACAAAGUAGGACGAAUACUUUAUAAGAAAAUCUGUCGAAUUGGCUCGGUGAAAGGAAUGCACAUUUAAAUGAAGAUGAGAAAGGAUAUGAAAACAAUUUUGGUCCAAAAAAAAAAAAAAAAAAAAAAAAAAAAAGAAAAAGAAAGUAAGGAGAAAAAAGGAAAAAAGAAGAAGGAAGAAACGAAAAAAUCUUUCGGAAAAAUCCGGCAAAGAAAGAUUUUCCGGUCUAGGUCUCUCUCAUCUUUAAGGGAUUUCCCUAGUCGUUUGACCCUAAUGGAAUUCUCCGAAAAGCUGAUUCGACCCUGAGAUGAACGCACACAUGGAUCAAAAAAACUUCGUUCACGUUAUGGACUAGACACAACGAAACACUUAGUUCAUUGAUUUCUCAACGACACAUUGUGAACGUGGUUGCAUGUCGACAAGUAGUAAACCGUAUGUUUCGUCGAACGCAAUACGAGGAACUCAUGCAAUUAAUUACUCGACUACUAUACACUCGAAAAAGAUUCAACAUUGCGUGCGUAAAACUAGAAACGGUCGAUCGAUAUUUUACACGCGUGAAUAGAAGAAAAGGGGGAUGAAGAGGAAACAGAUCGACGAAGGAAGGAAAAAAAAAGAAAGAAAAAGAAAAAUGGAAAAAGGAAAAAAGCAAAAUAAAAAGACAAAACAAGAAAAAGAAGAAGAAGAUAAAAAAAGAAAGAAAAGAAGAAACGAAAGGAAGAUUCAAGUUAUUUCAAAGUAAAAUAUCACGGAUGUACAUUCACGACGCAUUUUUUCCUCCUUCUUUUUUCUUCUUUCUCUUUUUUUUUUUUUAAAUAUCUUUUUCUCUUUCAAAUAAUUCAUCAUAAAAUUAUAACGACGUUUUAAAUUAAUGAAAACAAUUGAAAGAAAGAAAGAAAGGAGGAAGGAAGGAAAAACAGAUGGGGGAGGGGGAGGAAGAAAUGAAAAUAAAAGAAAUAUACAAAGAAGAUACAAGAAAUUAUUAUCGAAUUCUGAGAGUAAAAGCAAUUAUGAGCAAUGGCUUCGAUUUGAUAAUAAGGGAUGAUACGCGUACGAGUUAAGAGGGUUGAAAAAGUGGAGGAGGAGGAGGAGGAGGAGGAGGAGGAGGAGAGGGGCCGAAGGGGAGGUAGUUGCAGAAUAAAAGAAAACGAAAAAAAAAAGAGAAAAACAAAAAGAAGAAAAAUAAGAAAAAAAGGAAAAAAAAAAGGAAAAAAGAAAGAAAGGAGUCACACAGGUGUCAGGUCGGGGCUGCUCCAUAAAAGCGAUCUAAAAAUACGUUCGUUCGCUGGUGUCGCGUUGGCGUAAAAUCGCGGCUCGUUCACGCGGCAUGUCUAUCGGUGUGACCCCAAUACGUAGAGUUUCCAUGUACGUACAUCGACUCUAUAAAAAAACAUACGAUCUUUUAUCGUCGACAAUAAACUAACGAGAGAUAGAGAGAAAGGGAGGGAGAGAGAGAGAGAGAGAGAUAAAUAUCGAGAUCGAAUAUCAGGAAAGAAAUUAUAUUUAAAAAUAUGAUUUAUAACGUUACGUUCAUUUUCAAAUAAAUUUUUAUUUAACGUGAAUUUGAUAAAGUUUAAAUUACGUUAGAAACUAAACGUAAACGAUAUUUAAUAAUUGAUUAAAUAUUUAUCUUGAUAAUGUAUUAUCUUAUUAUCUUAUUUCGUCUUAAGAAUUUAAUCGACACGUAUACAGGACGACGAGACUCCUGACUAGUAAUCUAAUUAAAUAGACUGUAAAAUAAUUAAUAACGUCAAAGUAUUUCCAUAACCGUAGAGUCCUCUCCAACAUCAUCGUUGUCGUUGUCGUCGUCGUCGUCAUCUUCCACGUAGCCGAUGAGUUUUAUUAUAGAGCAAAGCCCUGCACUUAAUUCGAGCGUUAAUACUUUAUAUUCGAUACUCGCUCUGAAACUUUGCCUUGCUCGAGAAUAGAUCAUCAUGUUUAGUCUCGAAAUAAUAGAACGCGACAUAAUUAACAAGUCGGCUCGGAAUAUAACGUCUCUCUUUAUUAUAUAUCCAACGUGAAAAAUGUUGAAAUCUUAUUUCUUCCUUCCUUUCUUUUUCUCCUUUAUUUUUUUUUCCUCCUUAUAUCCUCUUGAUCUAUAAAUGGGAAUAAAACGACGAUAAGAACAAUGAUCAAAAAAAGAAAAAAAAAAAGAAAGAAAAAAAGAAGAAGAGGAAAAGAGAAAAAAAAAUAGAAAAUAAAUAAAUAAGGAAAGAAAGAAAGAAAAGGGAGAAAGAAAGGGACACGUGGAAUAAUUUAAAAAUGAAUCCUUCAGGAGGGAAUGACAAAAAUCGCAUACUCGUCUUUAAAACAGCUGACGUGUACGAGUAGUAAUGCGAGUGAGUGGCUCAGACAGACAGCACGAAGAACAUCAUCCCCUUUAGAGAAAGAGAAGGGGCUCCAGACAGACGAACACCCUCCGGGCAACACCCUACCAACAUCCCCCGCAUCCCACUUCAAUGUCGGCCGUCCCAUCGCCAUAGCAACCCCAUUGGAUUCAGUAGGCAUCCUAAGCAACCGUACCAACCCCUCCCUUUUUUACUUCUUUCUCUUUUAUAUCCCUCUGAUCGCUUUGGGACCUUGUGGCUACAGAUUUACACCGAAACACUUCACUUUUUCUUUUUCUCUCUUUCUUUUCUCUUUCUCAUUCUCUCUCGCUCUCUCUCUCUUUCUCUCUCUCAUAUCUAUUCAAGAAAAAUCAGUCUGUUUCACGAGUCUCGAUAAUGCUUAAAACUUUUGAUUAUAAUUAUAGAAAGAGAGAGAGAAAGAGAGAGAGGAAGGGAAGAAGGAAGAUAGAGCGAAAGAAAGAGAGGACAAUUAAAUUUUAUUAUAAUUAAAUAUAAUGACAAACAUUGUAUCAUUUCAUAUGACAUUAAAAUUAAUUGUACAAUAUUGAUUAUACAUAUAUCGUAUGACAUUAUACAUUAAUCUAUCUGUAAAAGGAAUUAUUGUACAAUGAUUGAAAACAAUCUAAUUUACUCUUGUAUUCGUAAUAAAAAAAAGUAAAAAAAACAAUUUUUAAUAAUAAUAAAAAUAAAACUGGUCCUAUAUUAUAUAAUCCAAAAAAUCAUCUUCCAUAUUCUCGAAAGUAAUAUUAACCUAUUAAAAAGUCUACUAUAAUUAUAAUUCAAAUAGGAGGGCGAAAAUUUUUCCCGCAAAACUUGAUUUGUAACAGGAUCACAUAACACGCGAAGAGGUAGCACGUUCUCGCGUACUACCUCCUGGUAAGUUAUAUUCUCCUGUUCAAAAUUCCAACUUACAGGGACCGCAAAAAUUUUUCCCGUAAAACUGGAUUUGUAACAGGAUCACAUGAUACGCGAAGAGGUGGCACGCGAGAACGUGCCACUUCCUGAUAAGUUAUAUUCUCCUGUUCAAAAAUCCAAAUUACAGGGAGCGCGAAAAUUUUUCCCGUAAAACUGGAUUUGUAACAGGAUCACAUAACACGCGAAGAAGUGGCACGCGAGAACGUGCCACUUCCUGGUCAGUUAUAUUCUCCUGUUCAAUAUUCCAAAUUACGGAGACCGUAAAAAUUUUUCCCAUACAGCUGGAUUUGUAACAGGAUCAUAUGAUUUGCGAAGUCGUGGCACGCUGAAACCCUUGUUACCUCAUGGUUCGUUUUAUUUUCCUGUUCAAAAAAUUUAAACUACUUGAAGCCUGAAAAUUUUUCUCGCAAUUCUGGAUUGCAAAGUCUACUCAACCUUUUCAUAUAGUGUAUACAAAAUGAUAGAAAAAAAUUUGUAGGUGGUCGUUAUCCAUGAAAAGUCUUCUAAUUGAUAUUGAAUGAAAACGAAUUGAUCAUUUUCGUUGUAUUUUUCAUUGUAUUUUAUUUGGAAUAUUUAAUAUCGACCUUCUUGUUUCUCUAUAUGAAAGAUAAAAAAAGAAAAUUAUCCUUAAAAGGGACAAUUUUCGUAAAAAUAAUAAUCGAUUUUUCAAAUGAACUCCUUUUGUGUAUCGAUACUCGAUAUCUUUCAAGAUGUUCGAACCAUUCGAAAAAGGAAGGGGAAAAUAGGAAAAAAAGAGUAUCAAUUUCCUCAAUCUAAAUUAAAGUAAAAUAUUUUCAUAAUGUACGUUUCACCUGUCUAUCAAAUUAAAUUAUUUACAUUUUCUAAUAAUAAUUUUAUAGAAUUAGAUUUGAUAAUUGAAGCGCAGAAUGUCGGAUUCGAAGUUUUACGAGUAUUUCUGUCCUGAAAAAGAAGAAGUUAAAGAAAUGAAAGAAGAAUUAAAGAAUAAAAUGUAUAAAAAGUUAGCCUACUUGUCGACUCGUUAAAUAACAAAUUUAAUACCGAUCAUGUUUGCACUUUUAUCGUGAAAUCUUAUUGUGUUUAAUAAAAAUAUAUAUAUCACUAAAUUACUAUCUACUACUAUCUACUAUGAUCUAAGUAGUAACAUACGAGAUUCUUUCUUAUCUCGUCAAACGAGUCAACGAGCCGAACGUUGUUUCCUUUAUUUUUUUUUUUUUAUUCAAAUUACUUUCCACUUAUUUUGUUAUCUCGACUGAAUCGAAUUCACGAGUACUCGUAGGAGAAGGAAGUAGUUCUUGUGAUCAUCCUAGUUUCGUAGAUUCUUUCAGUUUCGAAUCGUCAUCGUUGUCGUCGUCGUCGUCGUCGUCGUCGUCGUCGUCUCAACCAAUCUCUUUUUAUUACUCGGUAUUGCAUCGUCAAACGAUUUCAUAAAAUUUAAUUAGAAAUUUCUAAUAGAAGAAAUGUUUAGUAUUUUCAUAAGAAUAAAAAUAUUAUUCUUACUUGGCUCGUUAGACGUUUUAAUCGUCGCAGAAAAUGAUAAUACCACAUCUUUCUUUCCAACGAAAAGAGGAAAUAAUUCUAGUUUUGAGUUAGCUACGAAGAUAAUCGAUUCUACGUCGUUUCAUUCGGAUGCAACUCAGGCUCCUUCGAUUCCAAUACCACAGCAACUCUUACCGACGAGUUAUUAUCUUCCUGCUUUUCAGCCACCAAUUGUAAAUCGUCGAAGUGAAAAUUUACCUUACGAUUUCGAAUAUCCAAACGUUGGUUAUCCAAUAAUGCAAAACGUUGACCAAGCGAUAGCACCAACUUCUAAGCAACUUGUUAUAGUCAGUUUCAUUGGAUUACUUUUACUUCUUGCUAUCAUUCAAAAUACAUUAACUUCGGUCAAGAAGAAAUAUAAUUCUUUGGAUGAUCUUCCAUCAAAACGAAAACGAGAUGUUCAUGCUAUUUAUGAUUAUUCUUCUAUCAUUCCGGAAGAAGAGAAGAAAAAUGUGGAAGAAAUCGUAUUGAACGACGAUGCACGUUUACGUUGCAUUCAAAAAACAAUUUGUCUUGAAAAUCAAAAAUUAUUUCAGGAUUUUGGUGUAAUAGGAAAAUUACUGGCGAAAUAUCUAACAAGAAAUGUUGAGAAAUCCAUUAAAUCAUCAUCGGGAUGGGAUCGAUUGAUCGAGGACGCAGGAUCAGCUGGAUUACGCGAUGAAGAUUGUGAUCUUCUUUAUAGGGAUUGUGAUACUCCUAUAGUUUUUCUAUCGUCGAUCAAUGAUAAGAAAAGUCCUUCGAAAGAAAUGAAAUCUAAGAGUACAAAAUAAAUUUAAAAAAAAAUAUCAUCGAUAUAAUAUAAUUAAAUAUGAUAUA